AUGCCUCCAAACUCGUCCAACGUCUGGAAGACGGUGCUCCACCCGUUCACGAAACAGCCUGCGCCAGGUUCUUUAGCGCCUGGGGAGGGUGAGGUGCAACCUGCGACGGAAGGGAACGUGCCGUCUGAAAGUGCAGGGUCGACAACUGACGCAAAGUCCGUUCGCGAGAAUGGCCUGGCACCGAAGAAUCCACAAGGCGACGAGGCAGCGUCAGAGGCGACCGUCCCUCUGACUUCCGACAGCGCCAGUGUUGGAGGGUCAACGAUAACAGGGCCGGCGACAAUUCUGGAGCCGGGUGAUCAGCUGCCUUUCGACGCAAAGCCCGGACCAGACUGGCCACCAAACGAGCCGACAGCCAAACCUUCCUCUCCAUCCCACAUCCCCAAAUCUUCAGCCGACUACACCGGCUCUCCCUCGAAAUCCGGGAGCAUCAGUUCCGCGGCAGCAACCGAACCGGUGAAAUAUAGGCGGCACAAUGUGGUCCUUCCAUCAUACGAGGCAGAAAUGCUGCCAGACAACACCGUGGUUCCCGAAAGUCCGCAAAAGCAGCUUUUGCAGCGCAUAAUACAUAUGACGACGAGCUGGUUGUGGCCGCGGUCACCCACGGAUGAGCCGCGGCGGAUGAGUAUCUUGGAGCGCUUGAUCAGGACGCCCCAUACGAUUCAGAAAAUUGUGGUCAUCGGCGUGCAUGGAUGGUUUCCUGGGCGAUUCCUGCAGCGAGUUGUCGGUGAACCAACGGGCACAUCAGGCCGAUUCGCCGAGAAAAUGGCAUUAGCAGUGCGCGCCUACUUCUCGGAAAAGUACAACAUCAUGCUGUCAGAUGACGCAAUCACGAUGAUGCCAUUGGAAGGGGAAGGGAAGAUCGAGCGGCGCGUCGAUAUUCUACAUAGGCAGUUGGUGGAUUCCGAUAAGGGUUGGGCGAAGAAGCUUCUCGAGGCGGACAUGGUCUUUGUGGCCGCUCAUAGUCAGGGCGUUCCAGUGUCUACGAUACUGCUCUCGCGCCUGAUAAAAGAGGGGAGGGUAGAUCCCUCGCGGCAGAAGGUGGCGUUUUUGGCAAUGGCGGGCAUAUCGCAUGGCCCGCACCCCUUCUUGAAGGCAAAUAUGAUCGUCAAGUACUUCGAGGCAGAUGCCGCCAGGGAGCUGUUCGAGUUUAAUGACCCAAAUACGGAAAUCGCGAAGAAGUAUCAAAUAGCCAUGCGAUACGUACUGGCACACGGGAUCCGAGCAGUUGCAGUGGGGAGUUGGUAUGACCAAGUGGUGCCGCUGUAUUCAGCGGUGAUGCAUGGUUUCAGGCACCCGAACAUCUAUCGGGCGCUGUACAUUGAUGGCGCGGAUUACAUACCGGACUUUUUGAGUCACCUCGUGGUUUUCGGGCUGAAGCUGCAGAACGCUGGGGUGUCUGAUCACAACCUUAUCGUUCAUCUUUCCGAUGUCUUGACGGGGACCCUGUUCGGGACGCAGGGACAUUCCGUCAUUUACGAAGAGAUCAACACAUACUUGCUCGCUGUCGCAUGGGCAAUGGGAGGCAAGCCGGCAUGGAGCAUCCCAGCCUCCCCCAGCGCGCCCUGGGGCUCAAACAUGAUGGUCUCGAGUUCACUAAGCGCCCCAACGCGGCUAAAUCCCUACUACCUGCCAUGGAUAAUGGCCCGGCUGAUCGAUGACCCGUUCAUCCAGGCGAACGAAGAUCUGCAAAAGGAUCUGGACGCCCUGAUGAAGAUGUUUGAGAAUUGGGAACCGAGUUCGAAACAGUUGAAGGAGAUGAGAUAUAGGCUUGAACCUAUACGUUCUAGAUUGUAG